AUGGCCGGGAGCCGCCCAGUCUACGACGGGCCCGGCGGAAAUUUCGUCCGCGCCGACGCCGCACUCGACUGCGGUGCCUGCCCCUCGGUGUCGACAGGUGACUCCUCCUGGCUCAUCUUCCACCUCCUGCUGAGCUUCGUGCUCGUGGCCUACGUGCGCUGGAGCCGCGUCACGAUCCACAACCACGCCUGCAACGAGCGCGAGCUGCCGCCGUGCUGUCGACGACAUCUGCAGCAGCACCACGCCAGUGAAGAGGUUCCUGAAAAAGUGGGGGAGGAGGUCGAAGCCGUGGAGGAGAAGGAACCCGAGGAGGAGAAGGAAGAGGAGGUUGGCCAGCCCAAAGUGAAUGAAGUGCAGCAGCCCACUAUCACCACACCGACUCCGAUGCCUGCGCUGUCGGCGGAGGAAGAGCAGGCUGCGGCCAGAUUGACAGCUCUUCGAGCCGAGUACGCGGCGUACUUGCAGAUGCUCAAGGUCGGACUUCCGCGAGUCGUCGUGGACCACAAGAUGCGCGCUGAAAGCAAGGACCCGGCCGUGCUGGACGAACUGAUCGCGACGACGCCUAAGGCGAGGAAGGUGCCGGCCCCCAUUGAGAUCCCGCCGGUGGAAGAACCGGUGGAGGACGAGGACCCGGAACACACCCAGAAGAUCGAGUCUUUCCAGCGCAUGAUCAAGGUGGGCGUCCCGCGCCACGUUGUGGAGAUGAAGGCGAGGAGAGAAGGCGUGGACCCAGCCGAGCUGGACGCACCGCGUUCUGGUGGAGCACCUUCACUCGCCGCCCUUCAGUCCGCCGACGACAGUGAUCUACCUGCGCCUGCAAUGCUAGCGACGCGCUCCAGACGCUCCAGUAUCAGCUCAGUCGUGUCAACUGCACCGUCGACACCUGACGCGUUGGCCAUGCGCUCUGCGUCGACUGUCGCGACCAGCAACGGCCGUGCAUUGGCAAUGAUGGCGCUUCGCAAAAUGAACACGGGCAUGCGCAAGAAGCUGCACUGGUCGACUACUCCGAACACAGGCGCCAUCAUCCCAGCCCAGCGACGGGAUUCGCUGUGGAGCCGAAUUCACGACAAAGCACAGCAUGAAUGCGUGUGCAUCUCGACGGAGAGCAGACGCUGGAUGGAGAAACUCUUUGUCAAGGUCGUUGCCAAGGCCAAAGUGGGACGUCGGCGACGCACAACCAGCGGAGACAGCGCCACUUGCAGCCCAGCCAAGACGAAGCAGACGUCAGCAGCACGCUUUGGAUCGCCCAAGCGUGAGCGCGCAAACUCUGACCCAGCGCUGUUCGAUGGCGAGCAGGACGAGAUGGAGGUUGAGCCGGAUCCGGAGGAGGCGCAAGUCGCAGAGAAGGACCCCGGCAGUGCGUUCCUACACCGCAAGUUGUAUGUCGUGCUGCUUGACCACAAGAAGUCCCAGAACAUUGCCAUCGUGCUCGCGCGAGUGAAGCGCACGUUUCCGGAGCUGACCCACGAGAUUUUGACGCUGAACUGCGACGUGUUGUCCAGUCCAGCGCUGCAGUCGCUCAUCGACAUGUGGCCAGACAGCGCCGAGCAAGAGGCCAUUGACCAGUUCGGUGGGGAUGCCUCAACUUUGGCAACGGCUGAACAAUUUUUGAUGGUAGCUCGCAACAUCCCCAGAGCGCAGCAGAAGCUACGCUGCUUACAGUUUAAGAUGGAUUUUGCCCCGCGGGUCAAAGAACUCCGUGGUAAUCUGAAGCUGCUAAUUCGCGGCAUCCAGCAAGUUUGCUCGAGCGACCGGUUUGCUGGUGUACUUGAGUACAUCUUCCACUUGGGCAAUCUGCUGAACUUCGGAGAGGGAGUGGAAUACACAGCAUGGGUGAAGAGUAUUUCCAUCAGCUCGUUGGCGAAGCUUUCCUUCACCAAGGCCUAUGAUGGGCGAAUUUCAUUCUUGCACUAUGUUAUCCAGUCCGUUGAGCUACCGCUUAUCACCAAGUGCAGCAAGCUAUCGGUCCAGAGCCUCGUCGCUGAGCACCAGUCUCUUAAGAGUGGAUUGAGAAUGCUCAUCAACGAGACACAGAAGGCGGCAGUAUUCAAAACGGACGACGACGAUCUGCGCGCAGAGUUGGCCCAGUCGCGAGAAAGCAUGAGGCUGUACGCUGUGGAGGUCGAGCAAGAGCUCAAUAGCGUACAGGAAUUGGUCAAUCAACUGGAAAGAGAGAGGAAACACUUUUUGAACUAUUUCGAAGAAGAGGACACGCUGCCGAUCGACGAGCUCUUGGGCUUCAUCGCCUCCUUUACGGAAGAGUACUCGCGUGAGCGCCAGCAACUCAUUCUUCGAGCUCGACGCGCACAGAAGACCAACCACAACCGUUCGGCGUCCGUCAACACGUUGCCCCUAAAGCGUCACAGCCUGUAA